UCUCACAUGGGAUUGAAUGUCUCUAGUCCAACAAGGGCACGUGAUCCCACCAUGUUCAGGAGUCAAGAUUUGUCGCGAGCUGGACGCGGAUUGUCUGUAGCAGAGGAGCGUUUCAGUGGAACUGCUGGUGCUCGUCAGGAGAGUAAUGGUCUUGUCUCCAUCAUUGACCAGGUAACAAGCAGUUUGCUGGAACAUGGCGAUAGUCCCCCUCCCAAGACUCCAGUGACUCCUAGUGCUCCUUCUUCGACUUUUCCUACCACUUCACCCACAAUAGCAACACCUCCAUCCAAACUGGCAGGCACCCAAGUCACCAGUGAUAGGAUACCCUUAUCAGCAUCUGAGUCUACAACAUCAGAAUCCUAUGUGACUAGUGAUACAAGUGGCAGGUCCUCCCUCUCUUAUCAACGUGGUGUGGGUUCAUCCCUGACCAGCAGUGGUGGACUCACCAACUUCACUCAAGACCAACCUCGUGGUGAGGUUUUGCAUCCAACUCCACAUCGACCACAUGUUAUCUCUCCUUCAGGCUCCAGACAUGGAUUAGACUCUCUGCAAGACCCCAGUGUGGGUACUCCAGAUAAGGUAGCAAUGGGAGUCUCUCAGCAUAUUGAGGCUGGGACUUCCCUCCCAGAACAGCACCUAAGCCUCAGUCAAGAAUCCCAGCACUCAAUCCAGAAGUUAUCCAGCUGUUACACUGGUAAAGCAAAUCAUAAGACAAGCUUUGACUCUCAUGCUAGUCACAGUCCUGCUCAGAUGACAGAAUCUCGUAUACCCACUUUAGGCAACAUUGGCCGUUCUCCCAGUAACUUAACCAGUGAAAGAUCAAAUGAGAGUCAUGUCUUACCUGAGUCAAGAAUACCAACCCUUGGUGCCAUGGGAAGAAGUCCAAGCAGUCUCAAUCAUGAAAGUAAGGCAGAAAGUAGAAUUCCAACUCUUAAUAACAUGGGACAUAGUUCCUCCAACUUACUACAUGAUAAGCAGACUUCAGGAGAAUCACGAAUACCCACUCUUGGAAGCACAGGGAGAAGUCAAAGCAACCUUGGUCAUGAAGCACCAACUACGCAGAGUCUCCCAGCCAGCUCACAUGAAGGAGUCACAAAACCUGCAUCAAAUCUUAACACACCACAGCAGCUUAGAACUGCUGGGAUGAAUGGAUCAGGUAUUCCAAGUUUAGCCUCACAGGGGAGAAGCAGUAGCAGCUUAGGAUCAGGCAUCCCAAGUCCAAGUCCAACUUCUACAGGGUUAAGAACUGGCAUCCCCAAACAUGAUGCAACAGAUGGGCUAACCAAGAAGUCAUUGGUGUAUGGAGGAACAAGCCAAGCCCCUGCCUAUUCAUCGGCUAGUCCUCUGCCCAGUCCAGCCCAGCACCCAUCAAGCAAUUUUACCCAGUCCCCAGGUUAUUCAUCUGGCAUCCGACCACCCUCUAUCAAUUCGGCAAUUAACACCCCAGGUAUCCCACUGCCUUCUUCAGGAUCAACAAGCCACCUGACCAAUCCAGGGUCAAGAGGGUCAAUCACAUCAACAGGAUCUGGUACUCGUAUUCCAAUGGUUGCAGGAAAUUCUGCAUCAAGACUCCCUGCACCUAAUGCCAACAAGCACCGUGUGUCUCCAUCAGCACAAAAUGCAGAUAACAAAACAAACAAUUCAGCGUGGAUGUUUGGCCAGCACAAAAAUGCCCGUGUGUUCCCGGUAGUAAUAGAAAAAAAUCCAGGCCUUGGCUUUACGAUUGGGCUGUCAGAUUCUGAUGCAGAAGAUAAGAGUAUUUAUGUGACGAGUGUCGCAGGAGGGGGGGCAGCUUCCUCAGCCCUCAAAGUUGGACAAGUUGCUGCAGGUGGAUGGGUUGACCUUCGACUAGCGGACUUACACACAGCAACUUCUAUCCUCAACAAGACCUCCAACACAGUUAACCUGAUGGUGUCCCGACUCCAGUGA